AGAGAAGAAGCACCUCUACAAGCUUUUUCUUUUCUCUUUGUUCAUUUUUAAAUUCUUAUUCUCCCUCAACAACUUCACAAUGUCUGAUAGAGAUGUUAUACUUGAGGCUCUUUCCAUCCUCUGCAAUGCCAAUUUCACAUAUCGUCAAGGUUCACACCUUGACCUGCGAGGAGGCUCAAAUAUGCCCAUCACUGGAUUCAUAUCUACACUAAUGGGAAGGUCUGACCUUCGUAGAGUGUUGAGAGGACCCAUUGUUAUUGAUGAGAAAGAAUUCUUCGACCCUAAGUAUGACUAUGAUUUCACUGAUUUGGAAGACACAGAAACGUACUACAGAGGAGAUGAGGUGUAUGAACGCCCCUGUGGUUGGAAACGUUACGCUCUUAAGGUGCUGGAUAAAUACCCAGAUGGAAACGCCUGGCUGGGAGAGCGAGGAAACUGCACCACCACAGGCUCAAAGGCAGGAGAGUGGCCUGUGUCCUACCAUGGGACGUCACAGAUUGGCGCCCAAGGCAUCAUCAUAGCACAAUUCCAGCCAGGCCCAGGCCAGGUGUACGGCAGGGGGAUUUACUCUACACCAUACAUUUCUGAGGCGUUACCCUACACCAAGUCCUUCACCUCCGUCUCAACGGGCAAGAAGUACCAGGUGGUUCUGCAGAAUCGAGUCAACCCCGCGUACAGAGAGAAGCACAACAAUGGCAAAUAUUGGCUGGUUCCAGUCCCGAAAGGGAUAUCCGAAAAACAGGAGGUGGAGAUUGUGGAAAAAGCCAUCCGCCCGUACGCACUCCUGCUUAAACAAGUGUGACAGGGUGAAAGAUUAUGAAGUAAAUAUGACAUCACUCUUUUUUUUUUAAUUUCUUGUUCAACUGCCAAAAUGUCUGCUACUUGUUUGUCAAUGAUAUCCACUUAUUACUUUUUACUCUUUUGUAAUUUUUGUAUAACAUUUUGUCUUAAAAAUAAAUAUACAGUAUUAAUGAUAAACUAGAUUUUUUUGGUUCAUGAUUAUGCAUGAAAGAGUCUGUGCACCCUAACAAUGACCUGAUUUUAAUCAGAAAUGAUUUACAGAUAAAAUCACAAAAACAUAAAUAAUCAAAUUAGUUACGAAUUAAUCAGUUUCAACUUGAUCAAGGUAAAAUCAUGAAAUUGGUCUUUCUUUGGAGAUCAAGUAAAAUGUAUAGGAUGAGUACAAAUCAUAACAUGUCAUGUAUGUACUGUUUUAAUGCAAACCCUUUUCUUACAAAUGAAGGAAACUUAAGAAUUAUUUAAAAAUGUGGUGAAUUAAAAUGUUGAAUGUAAUUUCGACCUAUAA